AUAUUCCAUGGAGUCGGGGAGGAUUCGAGGAGAGCCUGGCCGCCUCCUCCCUCCGCCGCUAUCUUCCGCGCGGGAGGGGACGAUCCUGUCGGGAUCAGGCAUCCUCCCCUCCCUUCUCCGCCUCCAAUCCUCCUCCAUCUACCCUCAGCUCCGCUCCCGGUGAGACGAGGGAGGCGGGGAGCUAUUGCUGCGGGGGGCGGUGAGAGGGAGCGGGGCCGCAGCUGGAGGAGAGGGGGAGCCAGCGCCUCCCGCGGUUUGAAUCGGCUCUCCCCCCGGAUACCACUUGUCCUGCUUAGUGGUCAAGAUAGAAAUAGGUUAAAUAAAUGCGAGUCCAAGAAGAUGCAAGGCCUUCUGGGGGCCUGAAUGGACUCUACGGGGUACAAUUUGCGGGUCAGUCGCUAUACAGUGAUGACGAAGCAGUCAAAACUAGCAUUAUGGAUUCUUCAACUUGUGAAUCGCAGGAGGGUGUUGGCUCAAGCCGGCGUUUGCAAAUCCGGCGGCUAUGGCAGCAGAGACCCCCAUGCUUGAAGCCUAUCCACUGUAGCCACUCAUGUGAUAAACAUGUUGGCGAAACUAUUGCUAAUGUUGUCACCUCACUUCCUUUCAUCGUUCUUGGACUGCAAACUCCAAGAAAGAACUUGAAUACUGCACUUUAUGCAAACUCGUUAAUUGGAGUUGGAAUAGCUUCUAGCUUGUACCAUACUUCACGAGGAGAAAUCAGAAAAUAUUUGCGAUGGGCAGACUAUACAAUGAUUGCCACUUCAACACUAUGCUUAUCAAGAGCUCUUCGGGACGAGAAUCCAAAGUAUCUUAUGGCAGCAUCAACAUUACUCCUACCAUUUCAACCCUUGAUGGUUUCAGCCAUCCACACUGGGAUAAUGGAGGUGUCAUUUGCUAAAAGAGCAUCGAUAGAACCAGAGCUCAAGAUGGCGCAUAACCUACACAAGAUGUCGUCUUUACUGGGAGGCGCCCUAUUCAUUGCUGAUGACGUCUUCCCACAAACUUCUUACCUCCAUGCUGCUUGGCAUCUAGCUGCAGCGCUGGGGGUCAGCACCUGCAACAAGCUUCUUGAGUGACAAUGCAGGCGAGACAGAGUACAAGACGAUCCUUCGACCUAGCUGGCGCUGCUGUCAUCAACAAGCAGUUGAUAGUGAUUUUAUCAAGACGUCGACAUUAAGCAUGUCAUACGGUACAUAUGCAUUGUUCUACAUUGAACCCAAAAUGGAAGCACCUCUAGAGAGAAUAGCACAUUUGGAAUUAGGUGAUCCGGGCAUCAGUUUAUGCUUGUAUUUGUUGUAUAAUAUAGCAUUUUCCUGUGCCAGCAACAGAUAUAUUAUGAAAGUUGGAUGUGUACAUAGAGAUCAAACGUUUCGAUUCUACAUAAA